UAGCUUUUCAACUGUGGUGGAAAUCAUGACGUCAUAAAUGAGGAGUAGGUGACAUGAGUAAUGCAUCGAAGUGAUAUAGAAUUGUUUGUACUUGAUAUUGGUGUUCGAUGUAAUUGAUUUUAUAAAAGAGAAGAAUAAGUUUUACGUGGGUUUAUUAGUGAUUCCAUAGGUUUUUAUACUGUAAUCUUUUCAUGAAGAAAUAUUAAUAUAAUGGUACUUUUUCAUACACAUCUAAUGCAUCUCUCUGCUUUUAAAUUAUCUGUAAUGUAUUAAAAAGGCACAGGAUUGAUUUAUCUAAAAAGAAACAAAAAUGUCAGAUCACUUUGGUCCGAUAACAUUAAAAUGGGAUCCCAAAAAUUUAGAAAUUCGUACCAUGUCUGUAGAAAAGACAUUAGAACCUUUAGUUUUACAAGUAACUACACUUGUAAAUACAAAAGGUCCAAGUAAGAAAAAGAAAGGAAAAUCAAAGAGGGCUAGUGCUUUGGUUGGAACUGUAGAAAAAGCAACUAAUAAUUUUAUUGAAAAAGGUGAACAGAUUGCUUAUGAAAAUCCUGAUAUUACUGCUGAAAUGUUAAGUGCUGUUGAAGAAGUAAGGAAAACAGGUGCUGCAAUGAGCAUUGCUGCCAGAGAAUUUUCAGAAGAUCCUUGCUCCUCUUUAAAACGAGGCAAUAUGGUCCGUGCUGCAAGGAAUUUAUUAUCUGCAGUCACACGUUUACUUAUUUUAGCAGAUAUGGUUGAUGUGCAUUUAUUGCUAAAGUCAUUACAUGUAGUAGAGGAUGAUUUGAAAAAAUUAAAAAAUGCAUCCUCGCAAGGAGAAUUGUUGGAAAAUAUAAAACAAUUUGGAAGAAAUGCAUCAGAACUAAUGAAUCAAGCUGCAAAACGUCAACAAGAACUAAAAGAUCCUCAGUUAAGGGAUGACUUAGCAGCAGCUAGAGCUGUAUUAAAGAAACAUUCAACAAUGCUGCUUACUGCUUCUAAAGUUUAUGUUAGACAUCCUGAAUUAGCUGCAGCCAAAGCAAAUCGUGAUUAUGUUUUGAAGCAAGUUUGUGAAGCUGUAAAUACUAUCAAUGAUGUGGCACAAGGAAAAACUCCAGUUGAUAGUCAGCAUCCUUAUGAAGGACCUGGAGAAUUAGCUGCAGCAUUAGAUGAUUUUGAUGAAAGAAUGGUGAUGUCUCCGCUUGCGUAUAACGAAGUACGUACAAGACCUAGCCUUGAGGAAAGAUUAGAAAGCAUUAUCAGUGGUGCUGCACUAAUGGCAGAUUCUUCAUGUACACGAGAUGAUCGUAGAGAACGAAUUGUCGCAGAAUGUAAUGCAGUUAGGCAAGCACUGCAGGAUUUACUCAGUGAAUAUAUGAAUAAUUUACAGCUUGCUCAGGGUGGGAAACGGAUGGGUGUUAAAGAACAAUCAGAAGGUUUGGAAAGAGCAAUUGACCAUAUGUGUAGAAAAACACGUGAUCUCCGUAGACAGUUGCGAAAAGCGGUUGUAGAUCAUGUAUCUGAUAGUUUUUUGGAAACGAGUGUACCUUUAUUGGUACUCAUUGAAGCUGCAAGAAACGGUCGUGAUAAAGAAGUAGAAGAGUAUGCACUUGUUUUUACAGAACAUGCCAAUAAGCUGGUCGAGGUUGCCAAUCUAGUUUGUAGUAUGUCAGGAAAUGAAGAUGGAGUAAAAAUGGUUCGUUAUGCGGCAGCUCAGAUUGGCAAUUUAUGUCCACAAGUAAUUAACGCAGCACGUGUGCUGGCAGCCCGUAAUCGGUCUAAAGUAGCUCUAGAUAAUAUGGAAGUAUUUCGACAAGCGUGGGAGAAUCAAGUGAGAGUAUUAACGGAAGCCGUUGAUGACAUUACUACCAUCGACGAUUUCUUAGCUGUAUCUGAGAACCAUAUUUUAGAAGACGUAAAUAAAUGUGUAUUAGCAUUACAAGAAGGUGAUGCUGAUACCUUAGAUAGAACUGCGGGUGCGAUUCGUGGACGAUCAGCUAGAGUGUGUAACGUUGUACAAGCAGAAAUGGAUAAUUAUGAACCAUGUAUUUACACAAAACGGGUAUUAGAAGCUGUGAAAGUUCUAAGAGAACAAGUAAUGCCGAAAUUUGCACAGAGAGUAGAAGUCGCGGUAGAUGCAUUAGGUAGUAACCCUGCUAAAGAUGUGGAUGAAAAUGAUUUUAUAGAUGCUUCGAGAUUAGUUUACGACGGAGUUCGUGAAAUUAGACGCGCUGUAUUAAUGAAUAGAGCGGACGAAGAUUUAGACCCCGAAGAUGUUGAACUGGAUGAACAUUAUACAUUAGAAACUCGUAGUAAAUCGAGUGCUCAAACUGGUGAACAUGGUGUUGACGAAUAUCCAGAAAUUAGCGGUAUUACAACUGCUCGCGAGGCAAUGCGUAAGAUGCCAGAAAAAGAUAAACAGAAAAUUUUACAACAAGUAGAGUACUUUAAGAGUGAAAAAUUGAAAUUUGAUAAAGAAGUUGCCAAAUGGGACGAUGCAGGAAAUGACAUUAUUGUUCUUGCUAAGCAUAUGUGUAUGAUAAUGAUGGAAAUGACUGAUUUUACUAGAGGUCGCGGACCUUUAAAGACAACCAUGGAUGUUAUUAACGCAGCAAAGAAAAUUUCCGAAGCUGGAACUAAGUUAGAUAAAUUAACUAGACAAAUAGCAGAUCAAUGCCCAGAAAGUUCUACCAAGAAAGAUCUUUUAGCAUAUUUGCAACGUAUAGCACUGUAUUGUCAUCAAAUGAAUAUUACAAGUAAAGUCAAAGCAGAUGCAAAUAUUAGUGGAGAGUUAAUUGUUUCUGGACUUGACAGUGCAACUUCCCUUAUUCAGGCAGCUAAGAAUUUAAUGAAUGCAGUUGUUCUAACUGUUAAAGCUUCGUAUGUUGCAUCAACAAAAUAUCCUCGACAAUCUACAGUAACGUCUCCUAUUGUGGUAUGGAAAAUGAAAGCGCCAGAAAAAAAACCGUUAGUACGCCCUGAGAGACCUGAAGAAGUUAGAGCAAAAGUGCGUAAGGGUUCACAGAAGAAAGUGCAGAAUCCGAUACAUGCACUUUCAGAAUUUCAAAGCCCUACAGAAAGCGUUUAACAUUUUAUCUGUAAGUAAUUUAAUAAAAAUAAAACUUAGUGUAUAGCAUCACCUUCAAAAAAAAUUGGUUUAGCAAGAUGUUUCAUUUUCUAUUAUGUGCUGAAUGAAAUUUAUAAGUCACAUUUAUUAUUAAUUUAUGUAUCAUGAGGUAUAGAAAAUUAUAAUCACUCUUUCUGCAAAACUACAUCUCAGACUAUCAGAUAAGCAGGAUUAAAUGUUUUUUAAUAAAAGUUGAUAUAAUAUAUCAUAAAUAUUAAUAGUUGUCAGUAUAGUAAACAAAAUGAAAAUUUUAAAUGGCGAAGGAAAAAAGAUGAAUUCCAUAUUUGUAAUUGUGAUAAGAGAACAAAAUAUUUCUAACACAACUAUUUGAAAAUAAAAUGUCUUGCAUAAAAGAAAAGUUAACUCUUAAAUGUCUGAAAGUUAAAACAUGCAGUAUAUGAACAUUUUAAUUUUUAAAUAAUAUUUAAUUAUGUAUUAAAGAGUGAUCUUCUUUUCUGAAGUACGUAUAAACUUCGGGCUACAAUUGUAUUCAAAUUAAUAAGACUAAAUCUUUCAUUUUUUUUCCUUAAUAGAAUAUAAGAGUAAUCUACAAUCUAUAUACACUUUAUUUGACAAUUAAUAAUGAUUAUAAUAUUCUAAUCAUUAUAAGAUACAUACAAAAAGUAAGUGAAUUAUACUUUACUUAAACCACCUAUACAGUUCGGUAUUACUCAUAGAUGUCAAUAAUUGAAUAUAUUUUUUUGCAAAUGAAAUUUACAAUUUACAGAAAGUAAGAUUGUAAUACUUAAUUGUAUAGUAGCAUUUAUAAUAUUAACUAAGUAUCUUUUAGAGAAAUGCCAAUUUUUUAGUAUUACUUAUAUAACUGAUACGGAAAUAUAAAUUUUAAUUAUAUAUAUAACUUUCUUCAAAUAGAAGUUUACUAUUAAAUAAUAUUGAACAAUAAGUGGUGUAUAUAUAUUUGCGUAUAUAUACACGACAGUUUAUUGGGGGCCUCAUUUUUUUUUUUUAUUUUUUUUUUUAUGAGAUUAUACAAGAUAUUAUCUGGAUUGAAUUUGAUGGAUAUACAUUUUCCAUUAUUUCUAUUUUUGAUCUUAAUAUAUAAAGGAUUAUAUUUAACAACUAUACAAACAACAUACUUUCUUAUACAUAUCUAGAAGUGAAUGUUUCUUACUACCCAUAUAAAAUUAUAAACUUUUGAAGUAUUACAAAAUUUAUUAACUUUUGCAUAUAACAAUCGUUACCACAAGUAAUUUAAUUAGUAAUCUCAGGCCUUGAAAUAUUGCUAAUCUAUUAUGUGAGUGUGGAUUUUUUAGUAUCAUGAAUUUUUUGACAAUAAUAUUGCUACAUACUUUAUUAUGCUUUUACAUAAUAUCAGCUAAGAUACAUAUACCAAGGUUGGUAUUCUUCUACGUGAAUAAUUAUAUUAACAGUUCCAAAUAAUUAGUAUAUAAGCAAAUGAAUUCAUUUAUGCAAACAUGUUUAAGAUAAUGAUAAAUUCUUUUGUCUUGAGUUUUCCGAUGUGCUUAUCAAACAAUUAAAAAUUACACAUUUCGUUAUUCGACGAUAUAUGUUCUACUAAAAACGAUUCAUUCUUCUUUAUCAGUAAAGCUUACAAAAAAGCAAUAAAAAAAUAACACAGUAUUGAAUUGGAAUAAAGAGACUGCAGAAUGAGUAUUUAAUGAAUGUAUAUAAGUAAAUACGAUUACACAUUUUAAAAAGAAACUUCUUUAUGGUGAAUUUGUAUUACACAUAGUAUAUAAGAAAUAAUCUUAAAAAAACUGAUACCAAUUUCAUGCGAGUAAAGUAUUACAUUAAAAACAAUUUUGUAAUUUUUCAUUUUAAUUGAUUUGCAAAUAACUGUUUCUUUUGGUAUAAUAUUAAUAUACAAGUAUUUGCUGUAGUACAUAUUAAAAUUUAAGUUAGCAUUAAUAGUGGAACUUUAUCACAUAUAACUCAUUGUCAGUGUUUUAGGAGUUAUCUAGACAUACUGACUAAUUUUAAUUUAUUACCUUGAUAAAUUUUACAGCAAACAUUGCAUGACUAUCUAAUUGAUAAUAAAAAUAGUAUGUUAUACAUGUAACAAAUAUGUAAUAGUAUCUAUGAACUUGCAUUUCAUAAUGUAUGUUAUUUCAGUUGUGGCAGUGUAGUUAUUAUAAUACACGUGUUAUAUUGAACUACAUCUAAGUGUUUGCAGAAAGUGUGUAAUGAAAAAGAAUUUCAUAUUUAGCAGGAUUUAAAACACGAUAUGUAUUGGUAUCAAUUUUUUACUGUUGCAAGACAGAUAUUAAUUUAUACAAAAGUAGUUGUAAGAUUAAAUUGUAGUUACUAAUAUACUGCCAAAUAUAAGGUGAUGCUUUUAAUAAAUAUCUCUGUUUAUUAUUUUUUAGGUAUGAUUUUAUAUACAUAUGUACAUGCAUUCAAUAAAUUUAUAAUUUAGAA